AUGCAACCGCACAGACCCGCGUACGAUCCAUAUGCGGAUAAAGCUGCAGCGGCGGGACAGCGCCACAUCGAGAUGAGGGACGCAUACUCCGGCUCCUCCGACCCUCGAUUCGCCCGAAUGCAGGCAUCGGGUCUGCCGCAGGGUCACAUGGAAGCUGGCUUGGAUCCUCAGCGUUUCCACCCAAAGUCACCGCUCCGAUCGCCGCCAUCCUCGAUGCACGAUGCGGCUCUGCCUAGACAAACUCAGCAACACGAUUAUCCCUCAAGGCCGCCGCCUGCCGUGAGGAGCUACUCCGAACGCGCGCAGUCGGACCGUCACUUUGACGAGUAUCACUCUCAGCGCCUUCGAGUGCCCUACUCGGAGCAGCAACAACAGCAACAACAACAACAGCAGCAGCAGCAGCCUUCCCGCUCGCCUCGCUAUCCUGCUGCACCUCUUCACGCUCAUGGUCCUCCAUACGAUCCAGCCUCAGACGCUCGCCAUGAACAGCAGCAGUAUCACGACUAUGCUUAUGCGCGCCAGCCCGAAGCCAACCACUACCACGAGCAGCCGCCGUAUCCUCAACACUCUGGCUAUCCUUCUCGAGAGUAUCGCCGCGAUGACAUGACCAGGCAAGCCCAGAUGCGUCCCAACCUUGCAUCGACUCAGCACAUGUCGCCUUCGAACGACUUUGCGCAUCGCGCUCCCUAUCCCAACGAGCCAACUUAUCGCUCAGCCUAUGCGCCGCCCAUGUCUAUGCCUGGCGUGCAUGCUGGCCACCGCAUGACGGAUCUUCAUCACGACAGCGUCGGACCUUCGCACCCUUCCACUUCCUCCGAGUCGUCCAACCACGCGGCAACAUCCAGAUCGAUGCCUGCCUCGCGCAAGAGAAAGAAGCAGUUCAAGUACAUGCUCGAACGGGACGGCGAGGAUGCUGCCAAGCCCAAUGGCAUGGAUGCCAACGAGGACCGAAACGACGAUGCAGAGCAUCACGACCGUCUCAAGGUAGUCCAGGGAGCAGACGGUGCAACUCACCGUAAGGAAAGCAGGAAAAAGGUCAAGAAGGCCUGCGUCUUCUGCAAGCGUAGCCACAUGCCUUGCGAAGAGGCGAGGCCGUGCAAGCGCUGCGUCAAGCGUGGCAUCUCGCACCUUUGCAGAGACGCCGAGCCAGUGGGCUCGGCUGGAGCCGCGUCUGCUUCCAACAGCACCUCGAAAGGCGGCAAAUUCGGCGAAGCUCGCAACCAGGCCCGAGCAAGGCGUCGCAAGCAGGGGGAGAACCGCUCGCCCAACGAUCAGCGCGUCGCCGAGAGCGAAUCCGAAUCCGAGCCGGAGAGUCCGGCGUCCUCGGUAGCUUCGUCGUUGCUCCCUCACCGUCCUGGUACGGUCUCGGAGGCAAGCUUGCAGGCCGCGCGUCAACGUCGCUACGACAUGAGCGUCAUUAAUGUCAUGCCUGGUGCUGCCGCGCCUGAUCCGGACACGCGACCUGCGAUGCCCGUCUCGAUGCUGCUGAGUAACGAGAGGCUGCAGCUCGCGCGCCGUCCCACCGAGCGUCGAUCCUGGCCGCGCGUUUCCGAAAAGGAGCAGGAGGAAGCGUGGAACCGAUCGAUGGAUGCGCACAUGCAGCACAAGAUGAAGCAGAUGCUGGAAGCGGGUCCUGCUGCUGGCGACCUGAGCGACAUUUUCGGCGAGAUGCCCACUUCGUUGCUCAUGACGCCUGCCAUGGCCAACCUGCCGGAAGGGCAGUCGAUCCUGCGCCCGGCAUCGACGGAACCGCUCAAUAGCCCAGAGGGACGAGACGAGCGUGACACGGCUCUGAAACGCUCCGCGUCGGCAUCGUUGUCGACAGACGGGUAUGAGGUGGACCAAGCCGGGUUCAAGCUGCCCUCGCGACCCAAGCAUUUGUUGCAGGAGGAGCUGGCGACCACGUCGGAUCUGAGCGGCGGACCGCGCACGUACUCGUACACGUACGGCUAUGCCAAGUUGGCGCGCUGGAUGCACACGCGCUAUUCGCGCGAGAGCUGCGAACAGGUGGAUCGCAGCCUCUCGGCGAUCCGGCCCAAACUCAUGGCCUUGUCUCGAAGCUUGCCCGAAGAAGAACUGAUCGGUGUCGAGGACAGCUUCUACCAGCUGCUUGAGCACUAUCGGACAAACGUGCUCGAGACGAUCCCCGUCGCCAUGGUCGUCACGCGUCGCACUGGCGAGAUCUACGCCGCCAACUCACACGCGUGCAAACUGCUCCAGCUGCCCAUGCACAUUUUCGAGGGCGGACAGAUCUGCCAUUACCAGCUGGUCACCGAGAGGGACUGCGUCCAGAUGUGGGGCAAGUACGCGCGCGAGGCGACGGGCGAGCUGGACGUGCCCCCGACCCAGAAGGCUCUGCUCGAGAUUGAUCGCAGCCUGUUGCUUUUUGAUAAGCCUGGCUUCCAUCCGCGGACGGGCGAGCUGUUGGGCGAUGGAUCCGGGCUGUGCGAGGACGGCAGUCCGGUCAGGUUGACCAAGCGCGUCAUUGUAACGUUUGAUGCCAAGGUCAGCAAGCAUGGAUUGCCGUUUAUGGUGACGGGGGUCAUUGUACCCAUUCCGGAGGACGAGGGGGAGGGGUAA